UGGGCGGAUGACUGUGAUUGUGCUCUAUUGUAGUGUAGUGAGAUGUUGUUAGUUGUUGUGCAUUUAAACAGCAGCAGCAGCAGCAGCACACAUCUGUGGUGUAUGAGAGUUUAUGGACAGAUAACUGAUCUCAGGACUGAUAUCAACACACUUCAGUGAUGAUGACCGCAUCUCUCCGCAUCUGCGCGCUCCUUCUCAUCUGCGUCCUCGUGUCGAAUCUCGCCGAAUCCAAACGGAAUCGCGGAGCGAUUCCUCAUCCCGACAAGAACAAUCCCAACGAGUCGGACCAGCAGUCUCGGUCUCAGCCCGGCUCGGGCUCGAGAGGCAGAAGUCGAGGUUCGUCCGUGUCCGCCGAAGAGGUUCUGGAGUCCAGUCAGGAGGCUUUACACGUCACCGAGCGCCGGUACCUAAAGCGGGACUGGUGUAAGACACAGCCGCUCAAACAGACGAUCCACGAGGAGGGCUGCACGAGCCGAACCAUCAUCAACCGGUUCUGUUACGGACAGUGUAACUCGUUUUACAUCCCGCGGCACGUGCGGCGCGAGGAGGGCGCGUUUCAGUCCUGCUCGUUCUGUAAACCCAAAAGAUUCAGCACCAUGACCUUCACCCUUAACUGUCCCGACCAACAACCACCGACCCGCAAGAAACGAGUCCAACGGGUCAAACAGUGCCGCUGUGUUUCCAUAGAGCUGGACUGACAGAGACCCGAUCCGGACUGAUCCGUGUCAGUAAGAGCACGCACGCGCAGUACAGUAGCUACUGAAAGCCUCCUCAUCUUUUAUUAUGAACAGAAUAAAAAUACAACAAAACAACGAAGAAAGAAAAUCAUUAGUUCACCAAAAAAUCAUUUAGUCCCUCUCAUGUUCUUAUAAACGUUUAGAAAUGUUUAAGAUUAUAAUCAGACCGAUCAUGAGCACCAUUCACUUCCAUAGGAUUCUUUUAUCCAAUUGUAGAAGUGAACAGGGCUUACAAACAUUCCUCAAAAUAUCUUCCUUCCUGUUCAUCAGAAGAAAUAAAUGUCUACAGGUUUGUAACAACAUGAGAGUGAGAAAAUGAUGAGAGGAUUUUUAAUUUGGGUGAACUGUCCCUUUAACUUUGAGUUUCUAUAAAGCUCAUCGAGAUUGGAGCUCUGCGCGCGAGUUUAAUAACGCGCGUGUCGUGCACAACUUAUAACUUAUUUGUUUACAAAACUAACGAGAACACACAGCAUUCAUAAAAGACAUUUUUAAUAUUAUUGAGAAAUCUAAAUUAUUUUAAUCACGUGCUUCUAUUGAAUGUUAAGAUCUUAUUAUUAUCAUCAUACGUGCAGUUAUCAAUUGAGAUAUUUUAUAGGUUUACAUGAAAUCCGUGCUAAAAAUUUGUCACAAAUUUAAGAAAUUGUCAGAAAUAAGUUCAAUGGUGUAAAAUAUCUGUUGCAUAUAUAUCAGUGGGAAUGCUUCUGUAUUUUCCAUGAGAGAUUCCAGAAUGAUCUCAGCAGAUUCCAUCUGAGCUAACAUGAACAUUUCAUUUUGAUUAGUGACUUACAAACUGCAAAAUCUUUAAAUAUUUGAAUUUUUUGUCAAACUCCAACACAGAUUAUUUGGGACUUCAGUGUCUGUGGCAAUGUUAUCCAGAGAAGACUGAUUUAAAUGUUGUUUAUUAAUGACAGACUCUCUUUACAGCACAACUCUAUGUGUAAUGUAUAUGGAUUAAAUAUAAGUUGUAAGAUGUGAUCAGAUUAUGAUGCAUGUCUUCAUUAAUCUCCAAAUGUAGUUUAAAUGUAAAGACUGAGUUUCCACUAUGUGGAAGUGGACUUUAAUGAAUUUAUUUCAUGUGAUAGAAGCAGACUGAAGCUGUUAUCAGAUCUGAUUGGUUGAUGUUUCUGCUGGAUUGCUGUGAAUUUUGUGGCAGACAGACAAAACAUUGAGUUAAAUGUUAUUAGUCUAUUUAUAAUAGCAGUCUUUAAGAUGAAACAUUAAAACAACUCAGUUGUAAAGACCAAAUGAUGUAUGUUAAAGUUAGUGUAAUGCAGAUGAAAGUAUAAAGAUGUUAACAGCUGCAUGCAUUCAGAAUACAGAGAUGUGGAUGAAUUAUAUGAAUAAAAGAUCAGACAGUU